GGCCAGUCACUCAACAAUUCUCGAUGAAGCGGGCGAUCGCAGUCUUCGCCGUUGCUGCGGCCUGUGCUGCGUCGGCGACUACCAUCCCUGUCAGUCUCUGUCGCGAUGCCACUUAUGCUAUUGAAGGGCCUAUCUGUUCGGGCAACGGACUGUCGCCUGCUGGGCAAAACUGCCCUCGUGUGGGUGAUGUGGCCAUUAAAGACUGCCAUCCGUACUUGCCGUCCUGGGAUGCGAACACCUCGACUUGCACAGUCAAGGAGAAUUCUAUCUGCAACAAGCUCACCUCCGGCGCCUGGGGCUGUGUCCUCCCUUCCGUCGGGUGCAGCCAAGCUGCGAAGAAGAAAAAGAAAAACAACAAGCCGUUCGUGUGUGACGCCGCGCAGUCCGAGCCGGUUUCAGUCAAGCUGUGGGAUUAUUCGGAGAAAGACACCCCGAGCCUUGCGACUGUGUCUGCUGCUGCUGCCCCCGCUUCGUGGUUCGAGUCUUCGCGAACUGUCGCCAAGUACGAGGUUGGUUGCUUGAACGCUGCGAAGUUCGUCAAGGUCACUACAACGGUGCCUCCAACCACUACGCUGUUGCGAACGACCACGGCGACACCUACUUACACAACCAUUCAACCAGCGACUACUUUAGUCCCUCCUACCACGACCAAGGGUACAACGACCUUGGCUCCUCCGACUACAACCAAGACAACUACCACCCCCACGCCUUCUACCACAACGAAAACACCUACACCAACCCCCACUCCAGCGCCUACUCCUGCA